UCUUCAUUUCACUGUUUAUUCCCAAAAAUAAAAUAACCAAUAUUUAAAUAAUCGGAAAAUCAUUGAAAUUUUAAAUUAUUCUCACUCUCUCUCUCUUUCUUUCUUUCAUGCUCUCUCUCUCUCGCAGUCGCAGGCAACUCAGAGCUCGAGAUUCAUCCUUUUCUUUUCUCUGUUCCACCGCCGACGAUGCAUAAGCCCUAGCGCGUAGUUCCGGCGAAAAACAACUACUCGCUUGUGUGUGUGUGCUCGAGAAUGCGAAACAACGGAAGCGAGAAUCUAGGGAAGGCGAAAAGGUAGGGAAGCUAAUGUCGGGUUCGAGAGUUUCGGAUCUGCAUCUCAAGAGAGAGCUCACUCAAAUCAGGAAAGCUGGCCGCGUUCUGCGCGAUCCCGGCACCACUUCCUCCUGGAGAUCCCCUCUCAACUCCUCUAGAUCCCUCGCUGCGGCGGUUGUGGAUCCUCCGCCGAGCAGGAUCUCGAGUCAGAGUGGUAAGCUCCCGAUUCGAGGAGAGAGUAGUAGUAACCGAGGCAAGGAGAAGAAAGUGUUCUUGUAUAACUGGAAAACUCAGAGAUCCUCUAGCGAUAAAAGCGGUUUAGCUAAAAACAGCAAGGAGGAUGGAGAAGGAGAUGAAGAAGAAGAAGAAGAAUCUUCGUGGACUGAAGCUAGUGUCAACGAUGAUGACGAUGUGAGUGAUGCGAGGAAGGAUGGCGAUUCGUAUGGAAUCCAAUCGGCUUCGUUGAUAUCCAGAUGCAGAGACACGUCACAAGGCGUGUCAAAGAUGAGGAAGAAGAAGAGCAAGAAACAAAACUCGUCUCGUUUGGAUUUUCUAUCAAAAUAUCAACCUAGAAAUGGUGGAUCAGCUUUAGCUCUAAGGAGAGGUGACACUGCUGAGUUAUCAGACGAUACAGAGGAACUCAGCAAUGCGGAGGAUCUGAGGAAGGUCACUGGUAAUGGUGGUGCUUCUCCUCUGCUUUUGAAGCUUAAGCACAAGAACUGGUCACGUUCUUCCUCUAAUAAGCUGCUGAGAGCUGCUAGGAAAGAGGAUUCCUCGUGUACUUAUAACAGCACGCCGGCUUUGUCCACUAGCUCGUACAACAUGUAUGCUGUUCGUAACCCAAGCAACGUUGGAUCUUGGGAUGGUACCACUACUUCAGUUAAUGAUGGUGAUGAUGAGUUGGAUGAUGAUCACUUGGAUUUACCAGGGAGGCAAGGCUGUGGGAUUCCAUGUUAUUGGACCAAGAAGGCUAUGAAACAUAGAGGUGGAUGUAGAAGCUGCUGCUCUCCGUCGUUUUCGGAUACUUUGAGGAGAACGGGGAGUAGCAUUUUGUGUGGGAGUCAAUCGGUGUACCGUAGACAUAGUCGACAUUCUUCUGGAGGGUUUAGUAAACAGAAAAUUGCUUCGAGGAGUGCUCAAGGUGUUUUGCCUUUGCUCACAUACGGCUGUGAUGGUAGAGGGGGGUCUUCUAUAGGAACCGGGCUUAGUGACGACGAGCUUUCCACCAAUUUUGGUGAGAUUGAUUUAGAGGCUCAGAGUAGAUUAGACGGGAGGAGAUGGUCUACUAGUUAUAGGAGUCAAGAUGGUUUGGAGGCUGCAGUGUUAGAUGGCGAAGGAGAAGAAGGAAGUACACCUGAAAACAUCAGAAGCUUCAGCCAAAAAUACAAACCAAUGUUCUUUGAUGAAUUGAUUGGGCAGAGUAUAGUGGUUCAGUCGCUAAUGAACGCUGUAAAAAGGAGUAGGAUCGCUCCUGUUUAUCUCUUCCAGGGUCCGAGGGGGACUGGGAAGACAUCGACGGCAAGGAUUUUUUCAGCCGCCUUGAAUUGUGUGGCCACUGAAGAAAUGAAGCCUUGUGGGUACUGUAAAGAAUGCAAUGACUUCAUGUCUGGUAAAAGUAGAGAUUUUUGGGAACUUGAUGGAGCUAAUAAGAAGGGAGCUGAUAAGGUUAGGUACCUUUUAAAAAACUUACCGACUAUGCUUCCACGGAGUUCCUCAACAUACAAGGUUUUUGUGAUAGAUGAGUGUCAUUUGCUGCCAUCUAAGACGUGGCUGUCUUUUCUUAAGUUUCUUGAGAAACCUCUGCAGAAAGUUGUCUUCAUAUUUAUAACUACAGACCUUGACAAUGUUCCUCGGACCAUUCAGUCAAGGUGCCAGAAGUUCCUCUUCGACAAACUCAAAGAUGCAGACAUAGUAGUGAGACUAAAGAAGAUUGCUUCUGACGAAAAUCUUGAUGUGGAAUCGCACGCGUUGGACCUGAUUGCUAUGAACGCGGAUGGCUCACUUCGAGAUGCUGAAACUAUGUUGGAGCAGCUAAGUUUGCUGGGAAAACGUAUCACCACUGCUCUAGUAAACGAGCUAGUGGGUGUUGUUUCAGAUGAAAAAUUGCUAGAGCUCUUGGAAUUAGCAUUGUCAUCUGAUACGGCAGAGACAGUGAAACGAGCUAGAGAGUUAUUGGACCUUGGAGCUGACCCAAUAGUCUUGAUGUCUCAACUUGCUAGUCUUAUCAUGGAUAUCAUUGCUGGUACAUACAAGGUCGUAGACGAAAAAUACAGCGACGCCUUCCUUGAUGGACGAAACUUGACUGAAGCGGAUAUGGAGGGACUAAAGCACGCUUUGAAACUUCUUUCUGAGGCUGAGAAGCAGCUAAGAGUUUCAAAUGACCGUUCAACAUGGUUCACAGCGACUUUGCUUCAGCUUGGGUCAAUGCCUUCUCCUGGAACCACACAUACAGGAAGUAGUAGAAGGCAAAGCUCUAGAGCGACUGAUGAUGACCCAUCAAGCCUUUCAAGGGAAGUGAUGGCAUACAAACAGAGAGUAGGAGGACUUCACUUUAGUAAGUCAGCAUCCCCAGCGUCGAUUAGAAAGAGGAGCGGAAAUCACACCCACGAAGCCAAAUCAUUCUCCAGGGUUAUCGAUAACACCUGCUAUAAAUCCUCCUCAUCUAGCCAAGUUCCAGAGAGCGAAGCCUCCAUCUCCUCGCAUGACAAUAGCACCGCAAGCACCAUGAUGCUUACCCAAAGAAGUUCAGAGAAACUAAAUGAUAUAUGGAGAAAAUGUAUAGAAAGAUGCCAUUCCAAAACACUGAGGCAGCUGCUCUAUACUCAUGGGAAACUUAUAUCUAUCAGUGAAGUUGAAGGUAUUCUAGUUGCUUAUCUCGCCUUUGGAGAAACAGAUAUCAAAUCAAGAGCUGAAAGGUUUCUAAGCAGUAUCACAAACUCGAUGGAAAUGGUAUUAAGGCGAAGCGUAGAGGUGAGGAUAAUUCUCUUGCCUGAAACCGAGUUGCUCGUUGUCCCUCGGAAACCAGAAAUGACCAACAGAGGUGGAGAUCUGAAUGCCAUUACUGGUUUUAACGCUGCAUCAGACGUAGGAGUUGGUAGCAGCGAAGAAAGCAGAUCAAAAAUCCCAAUGCAAAGGAUAGAAUCCAUCAUCCGAGAACAAAGAUUAGAGACCGCGUGGCUACAAACAGCUGAUAAAGACACACCUGGAUCUAUAAUAGGGAUAAAACCUGAAAGGAAUCAGAUUCUACCUCAAGAAGACGCUUGUCGCCAGCCUAACGUAGGUUCUCCUGCGAUAUCUUCUUCCGGAUUAACUUCUCACCAUUGGGUAGAUGAGCUAAACAAUGAAGUUAAGCUUUUGAAAAUCGGUGAGAACGGUGAGCUUCAAGAGAAUCUAACAGGUAAAAGAGGAGAGCAUUGUCCUCUUUCCCCGAGCUUGCUUCAUGAUUCUAGCUUCGGACACAAGAAAGACAAUCUAGGAGGAUACGAAUCAGGACCAGGAACAAGAAGAGUUGGUUGUAAUAUUUUAUUUUGUUGGAACACACACAAGACUCAAAGGAGUAACAAGAAACAGGGUAAGGGAACUCCUGUUCGUCCCCGAAGAAUUCGAAAGAGAGGAUUCUCUCUAUUUAAUGGAUGUGCUAAGCCAAGGAAGGCAGAAGGUAACUUUAGAAGAUGAAGCUUUAGUUUCAAGAGUCAUGAAAACAGAAUUGUUCACUCAAACUCUAAUUUCCUCAUCUGUUAUUCCACUUACAACAUAGUUUUCCUUGAAUACUAUUUGAUGAUUGAUAUGUCAAAGGAUAGUUUUAAUUUUAUUCACUGUAAAGUUCAUAUCUUAUUGAGUUUAAUAGACUCUCCUUUUUGUGUUCUUUUUAUAAAACUUAGAAAAAUGUUACUAUGAAAUUUAAUAAAAUGUCAAUCUUGAGCA